UCAUUUCCACUAUUUUUGAAGUUUUAGUUUGUAAAGCGAGUACGAUGGAAUUUCAAAACCAGUACCAGCAGCCUCAGAUGCCAAAAUAUGAGUGUCUUCUUUUCGAUUUAGAUGAUACCCUUUAUCCCUUGAGCUCUGGUUUGUCUAAGCAAUGCACCAAGAACAUUGAAGAAUACAUGGUUCAAAGACUAGGCAUAGAAGAAACCAGAGUCAAAGAUGUGAAUCAACUACUAUACAAGAAUUAUGGGACAUCAAUGGCCGGUCUAAAGGCCAUUGGUUAUGAUUUUGACAAUGAUGACUAUCACAGUUUCGUUCACGGAAGAUUACCCUAUAAGGUACUAAGACCUGACCAUGUACUAAGGAGUCUGCUGGUUAGCCUCCCGCAUCGGAAACUGAUUUUUUCAAACGGGGAUAAGGUCCAUGUAGCUAAAACUCUUGGUAUACUUGGAUUGAAGGACUGCUUCGAAGGAGUCAUAUGCUUCGAGACCUUGAAUCCAACUAACAAUAAUGAAGCCUCACAGUUCAGGUCAGGCUGCAGAGAAUAUUUUGACCAUUCUAGUUUAUUUGAUGCUGGAUCAGAGCUUCCAGUGACUCCAAUAAUUUGCAAACCAUUUGCAAAUGCAUAUGAAGAGGCCUUUCAGCAAGCCAACGUUAACCCCCAAAGAACUCUCUUCUUUGACGAUAGCAUCCGUAACAUACAAGCGGGAAAGGAGAUGGGUCUUCAUACUGUAUUGGUGGGCAGCUCCCAAGUAACAAAAGGUGCUGAUUAUGCAAUAGAGAGCAUUCAUAAUAUCAGAGAAGCAAUUCCAGGUCUCUUCGGAGUUGAAGAAAUGAAGAUGAACAUUCAAAAAUUCUCAGAUAUAAUAGCAGUGGAAGCAUGAGGCAUCAGUGACUGCCUAGCUAGCUUCAAAGACCUCAUUGCUAAACAAGCAUAUUGAUAAACAUUCAACUACUUAGUAAUUCAUUUGCAUGUAUCUUUAAUUUGCCUUAUUAAUGUAUUGUUUAGCACU